AUGGUUAUAAUCUUUUGUUAUACUGAAUCGAUAAUGUAGUGUAUGAUAGAAAAAUGAUAAAGAAAUUAUUUGAUUUCCAAAUUCUCGUGACCAAAAAGUACAUUGAAUAAGAAAUCUAUACUAUAAUUUGUCUGUGCUAUUACUACCCUUUAGAAUCUCAUUUAAAUAUGUAUUAAAUUAUGCUCUACAAUUUUUACCUAUAUAUUUAUGUACUAUAUAUAAUAUUACAAAUAUUUAAAAAUAUAGUGAAACAUUUUAAUUAUAAAUAAUAUACUUUAUCAUUGAUUAACUUUUAAUGUGUUAAUGACUGUAUUAUUUUAUUAAUUUUAUAGUAUCUCAAAUAUAAAAAACAAUAUAUACAUUUUGUAAUAUUAAUAAUAUUUCAAUAAACCAAAGAAAUGAUAUAAAAAUAAUACAAAAGAAAUGAUAUAGAAUCUGGUGGUGACCUCCCGUGGUAGAUAGAAUAUUCGCAAUUGAAGACUUUUGUGAUUACCGCUAAUUACAAUGAAGAUGCGGUCAUAUUAGUAAAUGUUAUUUGAUCUAUUCAGUCUUAUGAUCGAACGCAAAGUGCAAAGUUACCCUGAUGCUUCUGCGUGUUGCUCUGUUGUGUGACGUCGAAUUGUCUUUUAAUAGUCAGCCCCUGUGACCGGUUUUUCCGUCGUUAACGAGACACCGAGACGCGCCCUCGUCCGACCUUGAAACCUAUAAUCGUUCAUAGCGUUCGAUGUUUGAAAUAUUAUCUGGAAAACUGUUAAUUGUGCUCUACAGAUUUGAAUCUUUUUUGUUUUCUUCGGCGCCUCGUUAACGCAAAGCAACAGUGAAAUGGCGAAAAAGACAUACGAUCUGUUGUUCAAGUUAUUGCUAAUUGGUGAUUCCGGAGUUGGCAAAACUUGUAUAUUGUUUAGAUUUUCUGAUGAUGCUUUUUCUACAACAUUUAUUUCUACCAUAGGUAUUGAUUUUAAAAUCAAGACAGUGGAAUUAAGAGGAAAGAAAAUCAAGUUACAAAUAUGGGAUACAGCUGGUCAAGAAAGAUUUCAUACUAUUACUACCUCAUAUUACAGAGGUGCAAUGGGUAUUAUGCUUGUUUAUGAUAUUACUAAUGAAAAAACGUUUGAAAAUAUUGUUAAAUGGUUAAGAAAUAUUGAUGAACAUGCAAACGAAGAUGUGGAAAAAAUGAUAUUGGGAAACAAAAGUGAUAUGGAAGACAAACGUGUUGUUAGCACAGAAAGAGGAGAGGCGAUAGCAAGAGAGCAUGGAAUUAGAUUUAUGGAAACAUCUGCAAAAGCAAAUAUUAAUAUUGAUCGUGCAUUUAGUGAAUUAGCUGAAGCAAUAUUGGAAAAAACUCAUGGAAAAGAACCACAAGAUGCUCCUGAUAGAGUAACAGUUGACCGAAGGGUGGAAAGAAAUUCUAAUCGGUGCUGCUAAUCUUAUAUUAUUUAUUUUAAUGGCGCAUAAUAUAAUAUAUAUCAGCUCGUGCCACUCAAAAUAGAUUUGUGGAUAGAUUUAGAGCAUAAUUUAAAGCAUAAUAGUAUAAUUAAACUCUUCACAACACUGCCUAAUUCAAAUUCGAUUGAAGUUAUUUGAUGAAAUUUCUAAUAAAAAUAUAUCUAAAUUUAAUUCAAAAUAUAAAACAAAAAAGAUAAUUCUAAUUUGAAAGUGAAGUUUUUUAAUUAUACCUGGAUUUUUUUUAAAAGGGUGGGUUAUAAAUGCUGUUUGUCACAUAUAUGAUUGUACUUAUAAAUGUGUCUAUUGCAUGUAUACCAAGCAUUAAAGCUCUAUCAUAACUUUUAUAAUGAAAAAAAAAUCAAUAUAUAUUUCUGAUGGAGCUUUAUUUUCCAUGUAAAAUUCCAUGCAUUGUUCCACGAACAAAGUCAACUAGGAAUUUGUUUGUUAUGAGGCUGCAAUUUGUUACCAUAAUGAGAAAAGUGAGAAUGAAUGUGGACGUCUUUUGAUCUUAAAAAAACUUAAGUGAAUAUUGAAUGCUUUUUCAUACGGUCAUUAUAUGCACUAUAUAUGCUUAUUUACAUCUUAUGUUGAAAUUUGAAAGCUUAAAAAUCAAGAGCUUUUAUCCUAUUUGUGUAAGACUAAUUUACUACAAAUAUAAAUAUUCACGAUUUCGAAAUAAA